AAAGGCGAUUAAAGAAAGUGAAAGCAUGUUGUUGCGGAUGGUGCCCGGAGGACUUUUAUUAUGAAAGUAUAGAUCGCCGCUGGCCGGAAAAGAAAGUGCUUUCACUCUAGCGAUCGCUAGAUCAUCGCAGCCAUUGCUCACGUGCAGUCCUCCAUCUGUUAAGAGCCACAGACGGACACUGCAGCUCCCUUUCGUGACAGAAGAUUGUUUAUGGUGUUGUGUGCGUCCUAUAAGAAGAAACCACACCCCCUAUACACCCUACAAACAUCCCUAAGUGCUCAGAUCAAGGAUCUAGUGUUUCAGUUCAUACAAGCAAGCGCACGCCAAGUUAUCUUCUCAUUGGCCUAAAUGUUGAUGUACUAAGCCCUACGGACUUCAGUGGAUGCUUUAAAGCUGCUCUGCCCAUACUAUCAAUGUUUGCUGCUGGAUUAGAGCUCACUCCCCAUCCUGUUAAUUCUUACUGAUUGAUAGCUGUACAGGCUGGCUCCCCCCCCCCCUUUGUGGACAAUUUGCAGUUUGCAAUAAACCCUGUUUAACUUCACCUCAUCUCUCUGUCGUGUUCUAACCGACACCCCUGGUUCGCUACGCUCCCUUUAACUAGCCCUAACGGCAAGGUAGUCUUCACUACAUUUAUUGGUCCUUCGAGCCGGAGCGUAGUUGUGCUAGGAUUAUGCAGCAGAGUGAGCACGCAUCGUGGGCCCUCCCACGGCCAAGACGUCAGGUGAGACAGCCAACAUAUUUACAAGAUUAUGAAGUGAGUGCUGUGCGACCCAAGUCACAUACUUCAAGAAAAUUUAAUUUGUCCCUGCCUGUCCCUAGUGAGUCAGUGCACAGCCAGCAGCCUCACAUUCAGUGGCGCAGACCCCCUGAGACACAAGCAGAGUAUGCGUUAGAUCCAGAAAAUCAGUAUGAGGAUAUCAGCCGUGGAUGGCCACUUAACCCUAAACCAUGCACUCAGGUGGACAUUGAGCAAAGUGAGUUAAUCAGAGGAAGCAACGCGAGCAGUUAUACUUCACUAUAUGGCCAGAGAAGGGAACCCAUGUUAUCGGCUUUGAACCAAGCACCAGUAGCUGAACAGUGCGAUCCACUAUUUGAAUCAUGGCCAGUUUCUUCUAUGCCAGUAGCAGAGGCCCAUUUGAUGCCUGAGGAAGAGAAUGAAGAAGUAGAUACGCCACCUCCCCCCCGGCCUUCCUCUAACUACCUACCAGAGCCAACAGUUGAAGAACACCGUGUGUUUACUGCUAUUGAUCGGAUGAUGAGUGAGUUACAGUUAAUGAGAGACAGAAUGACGCCAAACCGCAUAGCACAAACUCAUCCACAUUCGACACAUCAGAGUCAUAACUCCCCUCACCAUAGUAGAGGCUUGGAACAUAACACUUGGUGCCAGACGCAACAGUCAGGACCCAACAUAUCUAGCUUUGGUCACCCGCCCAGUAUGCAUAGCACCAGUAGAGGUCCUUUACCUCAGCCACGAGUAAGACCUUAUAUGAGUCAGCCUCAGAAUGCAAGGAGCCGAGAGCAAUCAUGGGUAUCCACAUGUCAAUCAGGAGGAGAGUAUCGGGGGCCUGCUCCGAAAAUCCCUCAGUUUAUCCAUAAUGACCCCAUGGAGUUUUCACGAUUCAAGUUGGCUCUGACUAAUCUGUUGCCAGCAGAUGCUCCUGAACUCUUUAAGUAUCAGAUACUUGUAGACCAUGUGAAGCUUGAGGAGGCCUGUCUCAUCGCUGACUCCUUCAUUAAUUCACCCCGGCCAUACACCGAUACAAUGAUGGCUUUAACAGAGAAGUUUGGACAGCCACACCACAUAGCCUUACGGCGAAUAGCUGCUUUGAUGGAGUCACCGGAGAUCAAGAGAGGAGAUCUAUUGGCCUUUGAACGGUUCUCGCUGCAUGUCCAGUCACUGGUAGGAAUGCUCCAGACUUUGGGCCCAGAUGGAGAUGUCGAGCUGAGCUGCGGCUCACAUGUAGCACGCUUACUUACCAAGCUUCCCAUCGAAAUGAGAGCUAACUUUCGUCGUUCAAGGUUCCAUCAUCCGAGACAUACCCCUACCCUGCUCGACUUAGCUGAAUGGUUACGCUAUGAGUCAUGGUGCCAAGGUUACGACACCACUCCAGAACCUCGCACCUCACGGGUGACUGGAUUAAGAGCGGAUAAAAGAUUUAAUAAGCCUGUUGCUACAGUUCUUCAUGGUUCUGAGAGUAGUACUUCAAACAGAGCUCAGUCAGAGAGUCAGAGCCCAUCCUCCUCCAAGCAGAAGAGCCAUAUCAAACCUUACUGCCCCUACUGUAACAAUACAGAGCACUUCCUCAAUAAAUGUCAGGCCAUUCAGAAGCUUACACGGGAACAGGUCGUAGAGUGGAUUAAAUCGCACAAACGGUGCUGGAGAUGUGGAAGAGCCCAUCAAGCCUCUCAAUGUGACCUGAAGAGGCUCUGCGAUAUCUGCCAAAAGAGGCACUUAAGAGUACUACAUGAUGCUAAUACUCGUCCUGAAGAGUCCAAAGCUGAAAGCUGCCUAGUGAACACCAGCCUGGAUGUCCUGUAUCUUGAUAAACCAUCGUCUCAUGCUCGAGUACUGCUAAAGGUUGUCCGAGUCACCCUACAAAAUGGAGACAAGACACUAGAUACUUAUGCAAUCUUGGACGAUGGAUCAGAGAGGACAAUGCUCUUACCAGAGGCAGUCAACCAACUUAAUUUGGAUAAGAGACCCGAAACCCUCGCUCUUCGUACAAUCCGUCAGGAAGUCCAGACAUUGAAUGGAGCUUCAGUCUCAUUUAAAAUAUCAUCCACGUCGAAGCCCAAGAAAACAUUCCAGAUCAAGAAUGCUUUUACUUCCAAGCGCUUAGGCUUGGCAGACCACUCGUACCCCGUGGCCAGUCUCAAGAAGAGGUACAAGCACCUAGCUGACCUUCCCUUGGAGUCCUUCGCCUUCGUCAAGCCGCUUGUGCUGAUUGGUGCAGACUACCCUCAGCUGAUCUCUCCUGUUGAACCUGUGAGACUAGGCCCUCCAGGAGGUCCGGCAGCCAUUCGCACUCGAUUAGGCUGGACACUCCAAGGACCGGCACAUCUCAUCCAGUGGGCUCCAACUACCCAGCAGUGUCUUCACACUAGUAUAUCAUCACCAACCCUGGAGUUGAUGCAGAAUGUAGAGAGGCUCUGGAAGAUGGACGCUUUGCCGUAUCAGAGCACUAGGCUGGCUGUGAGGUCAAAUGAGGAUAAAGAGGCGUUAGAACUUCUGGAAGUCAAAACAAAGCGAGUACAAGUCGCAGGCAUCUUCAGAUAUGCUACACCUUUGCUGAGGAAACAAGGUGUACCCCCCCUCAGAGCUCAGAAAGAAAGUGUCUUACCUAGCCUCAGGGCCCUAGAGAGACGUCUGGCCAGGGACCCUCAACAAGCCGAGGAGUACUGUGCAGCCAUUAGUAAGUUGGAGGAGGCAGGAGCCAUUAGGAGACUCACUACAAGUGAAGUAUUAGACUCUGCUGAGUCAUAUUACAUCCCGCAUCAUGUGGUGCAUCAUAAUGGGAAAAGUCGUAUAGUCUUCAAUUGCUCUUUCCCAUACCAAGGCCGUAGCCUUAACGACACCCUCCUACCAGGACCAACUCUUGGAGCCUCUCUUCUGGGAGUUCUGCUACGUUUCAGGGAACAUGCCGUGGCAAUCAGUAGCGACAUCAGAGGCAUGUUCCACCAAGUCGAACUUUUACCAGAAGAUCAGCCGCUCCUCAGAUUUAUAUGGAGAGACAUGAAACGUGCCGAUCCACCUGCAGUCUUUCAGUGGCAGGUUCUCCCCUUUGGUACUGCAUGUUCACCUUGCUGUGCCACGUUCGCACUCCAUAGACAUGCAAGGGAUCACAGUGGAGUAAAUAAUGCAGUCCUUCAUUCAGUGGAACAUUGUUUCUACGUGGAUAAUUGUCUCCAGAGUCUGCCGACAGCUGAGGAGGCCAAGGAGUUAGUUGACCAGCUCAGAGACGUGCUGGCAUCUGGAGGGUUUGAGCUCAGACAAUGGGCCUCCAAUGUACCUGAUGUUCUCCGACACUUACCUGCUGAGGUGAGGUCCGACAGUAUGGAGAGGUGGCUUUCGCAUGACGAACCUGGUCUUCCGGAACCAGCCCUGGGCCUCAGUUGGCACUGGGGAUCAGAUACCCUCGGUUAUAGAAGCAGACCUGUGGAAUAAAAGACACUGACAA